AUAGGUUUACCUCUGGGAAUGAGGGCCUAGAUCAAUCAUGUAGGGGUGGCUUGCCAAUUGCUUUAAUGAUGCGGAGAUGCAUUUUAGCUCUGAUGAUAUCAAUGUGUCUGGGUUGCUUGAUGAGCAACUUGAUAUUUCAGAGUUCUGCAACACCCCUCCUGAAGUAGAAGAACCUAAUAUUGUGCAAGAAUGUGCGACCCCAUCUCCUUGGAAUGUUUUUAAAGGAAGGAAAUUGUACAUGCGGAUGCCCACAAAACUUGCUUCUUCUGUGCUUAUCCAUUUGCCCUCAUUAAACCCUGUGGGAUCCAUGUAAAUGUAACUCUGAAGGACAUAAACCAGAGGAUACACACACUACCAUCAAAGUCAAAGCACAAUAUUGAUGAUGACUCUUAUGCUUCUUACCCCACUUCAGCCUUUUCUGGAAAGCCUUUAAUUGUUAAAACCAAAAUUCGCACGGAAGGAGGCAAAGGUAGCAUUAUAAUUGAUGAAGGGUGAUUUGGCCCGAUCUAGUAAAAAGGGGACACGUGGACACGAUUUGACCAAGAGAUGAUAGCUCAGCCUGACAUGCUUAGUUCGCAACAGUUGAGCUCGGACACCCAACCACUUUGGCAUUAAGUCACCUCGGGACAAGGCCACCUCGGUCCCAAGGCACUUCGGCGUUUAGUCCAGUUCGGAACUAAAAAGUAUCAGCUCGGGGAUACCGACCCAAACCACUACGUGGCAACCCCAAAAAUCUCUCCAACAGACCCUGAACCUCGUGGGAUUAUGCUGCAUAACGGCGAGCCUUAUCUCCUCCCCGCCCGGUUCGGGAGGAAUUGAUAAGUCUUAUCAGUUGGUAACAUUAUCGGAAAUGGAUCCCAUCAUGACAAAGAUCCCGGAACCGAUCCACAAAACCCGCGAGGACUCAACUAUAUAAAGGCUCCAACCCCGAGGGCACAAGGUACACGUGAUUUCUCUACUCUCUACAUUCUUAAAGCUAUUUCAGCUCGCAAAUAACUUACUAACUUAAGCAUCGGAGCGAUCUCGCCGGGCUAGCCACCCCGGGUUCUCGUCUCAUUUUGUAGACUUACCUAGCUCACUGUCCAAUUGGAAGCUAGAUCAUCCUCCAGCAGAGAGCGGUCAGAUCACGUAACAUCAAAUCAUGAGAACCAAAGUUUAAAUGUAUACGUUUUCUUUUAUUUCCACCCCGUUUUCUGUGGCUUCUCUCCCCAUUAUUUUUGUUGUGAGGGUUAUUUUGUUUAAUUUCUGAGGCCAGUUUAAAAGUUGACGUUGGGGCUUUUUGAAGGAGAGUUGCUGGUAUUCAUCCAACAAUUUAAUGUGUUUAUAUURAAGUGGUUUUUAGGAGUGAGAUCACAGCUGAUGUUUAUGUAUGCAAUUCAGAACUAGAGCAAGGAUCUUAAUGUCUUAGAGAUCCUUUUACCCA